AGUUGCUAACCCGCCAAAAUCUCUCCCUCAAAAACAGAGCAAAAUCAGUCUGUCCGACUUUCCACCCGUCACCACCAUCAUCAAACAACAUAUCUACAACACCAACACGGUGUACGGUAGAAAGCGUCAUCGCCUGCUCAAAAAGUAGGCGUUGUACGCAUUCCACCACCACCACCGCAACCACCAAACCUUAACAUCGUUUCUCCCUCUUAAACAAUGGGGAAGAAACAACAACAACCACCACCACCACAACCCCCACCGUCUACAUUAUCAUCAUCAUCAGAUGAUAUUGAAUAUGGUAGACCUCUUCCACCUCCACCACCUCAUCUCGUUAUGAAUUCUCAUCAACAACAACAACAUCAUAAUCAUAAUAAUCCCCAGCUUCAUAUUUGUCCACCAUCACAAAAAUCUUGGUUUCCGUGGCUGGUUCCGCUCAUUUUCAUGGUUGAUGUUGCAGCUUUUAUUUACUCUUUGUAUGUGAAUGAUUGUCCUUCAACUAGCAAUGAUUGUAUUCUCCCUGGUUUGGGUAGAUUCGCUUUUCAGCCUUUCUCUCAGAAUCCCCUUUUUGGGCCUUCCACCACCACGCUUGAAAAAUUGGGAGCCCUUGAGUGGAAAUUAGUGGUGAAUGAAGGUCAAUCAUGGCGCCUUAUCAGUUGCAUUUGGCUUCAUGCUGGAGUUGUACAUUUAGUUGCUAAUAUGAUGAGUCUUUUAUUCGUUGGCGUUCGCCUUGAACAAGAGUUUGGAUUUUUGAAAAUUGGGCUCUUGUUUGUUCUUUCUGGAUUUGGUGGGAGCUUGUUAUCUUCUCUUAAUCUGAGGUCAACCAUAUCCGUUGGAGCAUCGGGUGCACUUUUCGGACUCUUAGGAGCCAUGCUUUCUGAACUCAUCACCAAUUGGACAAUCUACGCAAAUAAGUGUGCAGCACUUUUCACCUUAAUAUUUGUAAUUGCCAUCAAUUUGGCUGUUAGUCUUCUCCCUCAAGUUGAUGCCUCUGCCCAUAUUGGAGGAUUUCUUUCGGGUUUUCUCCUCGGAUUUGUCCUCUUAAUUCGUCCACAAUUUGGAUAUGUGAGUCGCAAGUACGUUCCUGCUGGUUAUGACAAGAACCUUUUGAAGCCAAGGCACAAGUGCUAUCAAUAUGUUUUGGGUGUUCUUGCCUUUGUCCUCUUAAUAGCUGGAUAUGUUGCUGGCCUGGUAAUUCUAUUCACUGGGAAAGUUCCUGAUAUUUAUGUACCACUCCCCACUAUUAAUCAGCAGUUGUAGGUACUUACUCUAUCUGAGUGUUGCUAAGCCAAGGAAAACAAAGACCAAGUAUCUGGAAGCUUACAGGUUCAUCAGUAUGAAAGUUGCAAAGAUCCGAAAUACAGUUUUGACAUUUAACUUAAAGGAUCAAUACCUAUCCAGAUAACGGAAAUAGUUAAAGCUCAAGUGCUUUGUGUGGAUUACUUUAUAAUGCAUGUAACUGAUUGUUGUAUAAGUAUUAUUAUUCAUACUCUGUCUCUAAUGUUUAGCUUGUUGAGUACUUACCAUCCUGAAUCUUUUAAUGAAAUUAUUCACCAUCUCCCUUUUGGGGAAUUUUGUUCA